GAACCUCAAAGAAUGCUGCUUUAUCAAUAACCAUAACAUUACGAACAAAUAUGAAUUUGUUGACGUUGAAAUAUUAUUUAAACUUACCAUAGUAAUGCAAUGCAAGUUAAUAAAGUUUGGCUCCAAAUUAUACAAAGAAACGUUCAGAAUGGAGAAAAUUCUUUAAGGUACUUUUCGCCCAUAGCUAUGAAGUAAACCGGACAAAAUUAUACGGGGGAUCCAAACAUGAAUCGGUUUAAGGGAAGUACAAGAAAAAUGGAUAUAGAACACUCUUAGACAGUAGACUCUAAUUUUGUUGUGAUAAAAUUAUUAUCGUAAUUCUACAUACUGUAUUCUGACUUUUUUACGAGCUGUUCACUUUUUUCCAGUGGCGUAGCGUCAAGGGAAGCUGGUAAUGCACCGCAUGCCCUGCAAAAUCUAAACCAAAAAAAAUAUUUCUAAAAGCGCUUUUUUCGAAACAGAAAACAGUUUCUAUCGUCUAAACAGUUGCUUUGACGAUUAUUUGAAAUUUGCACUGUCGCACCCUUGACACACCCAUCGGAGUUCAAUGAAUCCACCUUAGAUUUUACCUUGGAAGUAAUUUACUAAGCUUCGUGCCCCUGUUUCCAAAGAUCCCUUUAUUGACUUUGGCUAGCAACCUUUGUUUAUAGCACUUCUCAUUUCAGGGAAUGCGGAAUUCUGACCGCAUUCCCGGAUAUAAAACGAUUGAUUUUUCCCUAUUUAAGUGUAAAAUUUUGCAAAAAUAUAGGAUAGAAGGUUGUAUCAAUGAAUAAUCUAUCAUGCUAAUGAAAGAUUGCUCCAAUUUUUUACUCACAGCGUUGAGGAUAGAGCUUUGAAAGGGAAGUAACUGAUCUCAGCUUGCUUCGUGUUAUCUUGUUCAGCAAGCCAAGUCACGUGACCAGAUACUGAUCAACAAAGAGCCAGGGCAUGCGGUUGCCGAUCCGCAUGCCCUAGUUGAAUUGAAUCACAGCGUAAGUCUUCGAAAUGUGGAUUCAAACAAGUAGAAGAUAUUGAUUAUAGGGUUAUAGAGAUAGAGGAGUAUAAGAUGAUUGCAUAAAUGUUUUUUUUUCAUGUUAGCUUGAGUCCCACGUGAGGGUACUCAAUUAGUGAGGGUACGCAAAUAGGGAGGGUACUCAAAUAGGGAUAGUACGGGGUAAUUCAUUUAAACAUAGAGGUUUAGGGGGAUAUCUUUUGACCAAAUCUUUUAUUUUCUAAUUGUGACCUAUUAAAAAACCUUAUAAAAGUAUGAAAAAGUGGUCUAUAAUUUUCAUUUCGAAGUGUGCUGUAGAUGUUCUGUUUGGGCAUGAAAGGAUUAUAGAGAAAGCGCUAUUAUAACUAUCAGGUGUUUUUAAAAAGCUAUAACUUCUGGAGGCUUUGCCCCCUGGUCUCCCACGAGAGCGUUGCACCUUGGCCCCACUGGGGCCUUCAGCAAGCCCCAGACCCCUCGCCGCAUACCCGCUUCUGCAACUCACGCUACGCCACUGCUAUAUUCAUAGCCCUAACGGCUUGAAGGGUUAGCACUUGAUUGAUUGUAGUGACUGAUUGAAUGAUUGGUUGAAGUGUUAUGACUGAUUGACUGACAGUUUGAAGUGGAGUGGUUGUAAUGGUUGAUUGUAAAAGAGACUGAUUAUAAUGAUUGAAGUGAUCGAUUGAUUGAUUGAUUUUGAUGAUUUUUUUAUGCCCGUAACACAUUUAUAACACAUUUCUACAAACUACAGUAUAUGAACGAAAACACAGGUGGCAUGAAUUUUCAUAACAACCCUGUGUCUAUUCACAAUUAGCCCAGGCGAGACACCAAAAAGGGUUUUGCAUGUUUGUAAACACCCAGCUGAUUUUUUGCAACGGGCUUUGAUAACCGAACAUAAAGAAGAAAAACAAAGAUUUUGAUGAUUGAUUGGUUGAUUCGUUUUGAUGAUCGAAUGUAACGAUUGUAAUGGUUGAUUGAUUGACCUGUAUGUCCUCUGUUUAUUGAGUAUUUGGGACUUCUCCAAAACCUGCCAGCAGAAUAUGGGCGAAUUAAUUGCGUCAAUGUUCGCUGAACGAUCUUCAUACUAGCUCAGUUUCAUUCAUAGCCCUAAUUUGGUGAGAAUGAAAUUCGUUGUUUAUAAUUGUCUGGAACUUGCAAAAAGGAAUCAACAUACACUGUUAGGACAUUAAAUAUUAACAAAGUAGCCUAAUCCUACCAUAUAAAUGCAAUUUCGUUCUACGCUUUUAAUCACUUGGAGUCUGUGCCGUACCAAUUCAUUCAAAGAUAUACCGACUGCGUAUAUGUAGCUAUUUGCAUGGUUACCAUACAAUGAAAUCAUGGUGCAUUGCAUUGUGAGUAUUUUCAGGCAAUAAACGAGAUAGUUUAAUAAAUUCGGCAAUCAGAGAGCGAGAUGAUAAACUCGUCAGCGAAUGCAACUCUAUUAUGUGAUACCGUACAGCCAUAUAUCAAAUCUCAAGCAAAUUUCGCUAUAGCGUCAAAGGUCGUUGUCAUUAUUCUACAUAUAGCCUCUUGUUUGUUUGCUGUUCCAAUCAAUUUACUGAUACUUAUAGCGUUGAUCCAUAAGCCUCAUUUACGGACUGCUCCUAACCUUAUACUUACAAGCAUGGCUGCAAGUGACCUUCUAGUUGGCCUCGUUAUACAACCUACAGCCGUUAUUCAUAAAGUGUACGAACUUCUCAACAUUGACUCUUGUUUUCUUCGUGCUGUAAACGCGCUUGUUGCAAUACUCGGCGUUGGUGUCUCGUUUUUAAAUGUCUGUUUCUUUGCUUUGGACCGCUGCUUUGCCACAAUGUUACCAUACAGAUAUGAUAGCGAAAGGCUCUUCAACAAAUAUCUAGGAGUAAUAAUUACCUCUUGGCUUACACUUGCACUGCUUGUUAUUCUCAAAGAAACUGCUGUAAUACCAAGUAGCGUAUUGCAACUCGUAAUGACUCUACUUCUGGUUGUAUCCAUGAUAUUGAUAGUUAUCUCCUAUAUCAUAAUAUACAGAGCUAUAAGAGGGCAUCGAAAACGGGCUGCUACGAUAGCAGUAUCUAUUGCAGUUAAAGACGAUGGCUCCGGCACAGCAAAACUUCACAAGUUCAAGCUAGAGACAUGCCUUAAACCAAUCAGAUGGGAUACUUCGGGUCCUGACGACAUAAUACGAAUAUCUUACCACAACGUCGACGAAAGUCCGCCUGAACCAAUGCAAAAGGCGAGUAAUGAGAAGUCUCUCGAUAACGUCAAAGCUACACAAGAGCAGGUUUUGAAAAAGCAACAGUCAAGGUCUCUGACAGUGUCGCUUCUUCUUUCAGUUUUCAUGGCCUGCUACUUGCCGGUCACAAUAUUGAACGUAGUUGUGAGCAGAACCAAAGUACGAGGCAACUCACUAGCAAUCGCAUACGAUUGGACUAAUUUCCUGAUAUUGUUUAACAGCUCGCUAAAUCCAAUAAUAUACUGUAUAAGGGUGCAAAAAAUUCGUACAGAAGUAAGAGCACUGAUUUCCAACAUUCGUCAUCUUUUUGUUUCGGAAGCAUAAGGAAACAUGAAUAAUGCCUUUUUUAAUUGUUUAUUGAAGUUUGAAUUAAUUACAUCCCUGGUAAAACUCUAUGAAGUGAUAAAAAUAAGAAAUAACAAUUAAGACACAGCGUCAACAAAAAAUUCCCCUCCUGAUACAUGCUCUUUGUAUUCGGUUUCUUUGCUGCUAGGCAUGCUAUGAUUAGUUGGGAAGGGGGGAUAAAGGUGAUGUCCUUUGGGAGGGGAGGUGGGUAAAGGUGGUGUCCUCGGUGCACUUCACAAAGAGCUAGCUUUCUAUAAUGCUGGUAUACUGGAGCAGAAUCUGACUGAAAGCCAUGACCUCCUACCCAGCUUUUCUCGUCAGACCAUUAACCCAUAUCUAAGCAGUUAUCAUUCAUCUGUUUACAAGCAUUCCCGUUUCGCAAGCGAAGAUCUCUGCCACAUCCCAAAGCAGGGAACCAAUAGUUAUACUGUAGUUUUAUAAGCCAGGCCCUAGCUUCAACUCCUGAACAAAAGAAGGGGAAGGGGUGUUGUUCAAGAUGAAAAUCUGGGUGUCAUAUGCGCGUAAAAUGUGUGUUGGCUAGCUUUUGAUAAUGCAUGACUUAACAUACAGUUUUUAAAGUGUUUCAGCUAAAAAUUUUCCCGUUUUUCGGUUAUUUAUUUACAAAAUUCUGUUCAAGUGCAGCUUUUCGUGUAAGUUCGAGAUUUCGUGUCAGUUGCAGAAGCUUUGUUAACAUUCAAAUUGUAUGUGUACAUAAGGAGUAAGCUCUGCCUUUUGAAUUUGAGAAAAAGGUCGUGGAUCACCAAUACUAACUAGUUUAAAUAUGCGUUUUCAAUUUAUUUACGUUCUAGUGGAUCUCUUCUGAUGAUAUAUAACCUCUUGUAGCUAAUUUGACGUGGUUUAUGUAAACAUUGCAUGGUGACCGUUACAGAUAUAACAUAUGAACAUUUUUGAAGUUGAAUUUUUCGCUUGUUCGCCAGUUCUACAUACAGGCUAUUUCUGACUCAUUAUCAAAUGAAAGGCAGUUCAUAGUCCGUGUAUAAUUUCUACAAGCAGAGGUGUUUCAGUAGAGUUGUUUCUAUAAUGUACAAAUAUAGGUAAGCAUGUGUUAUUACAUAUGUAACUUUACUAAAAAUCUCUUAUAUCUAGCAAAAGCUAAGGUAAGAGUUGUUUGAAUCGGAUUUUAAAAUGGUUUGAAAUGCAAGCUGCACAAUUUAUUUGUAUGUUUGUGUAUGCCCUUUAGGGGGGGGGGGGGGGGGGGGUGAAAAUAGAGAGCUUAAUUCAUGUUUCUUGUAAAAAUUCGUUUAGCAUAAAUGGCUUUUUUCGAUAACAUCUUUUUUAUGGUGUGUUAAGAGGUUAAAUUGACCCUUGGACAAAGAAGUUGUAGUUUCUGUUUUUGUUGUGAAAGUCUAAUGAUUUGAUAAUCGUUUGUUUGUAAAAUCGUCACGCAUACUGAGGUGAUCUUAUUAUGUUCCUAUACCCCUACCCCGCCCAGCGGAUCCGAAAUCUUAUUAUGUUCCAGCGGAUCGCCCAGCGGAUCCGAAAUCUUAUCAUGGUUGUUGAGGUGAUCUUAUUAUGUUCCUAAAGUUCACUAUGGUGAUCUGCUCUUAAUAUUUGUCUUUACUUAGUUCUGGUAAUUUUUGAGAAUAAUUCUCUUGAAAAUUUAUUGAAGUGCCAAUGGUCAUAAAUACAUGUAGUGACUUCGAGGUCUCGGCACUAGUGAACGGAUUAACCAGAUGUUUCUUCUUCACAACAUAAGCAUCUGCUUCACAAUAGUUUCAUAUAAUGUUCCACAUCACGAUGCAAAAGACACAGAAAAUAAUACAUAAACCAUUCUUUAAAUCAUUUUGCGCAACUUUUUAGUUGAUUUACGCUCCUGUUCAGCAAAUCGUUUUUUAAUUUCAAAUUCUUUGUUUGUUCAAACAAUGAACACUUCAGAACGACACAAAAAGCGUUUUGGUCACCUGUUUCACCUGUUACAAGUAACCGUUUUUCGUAUACUCAGUUGUCCGUCCUUAAGAAAGAGUAGUGGCUUCUGAUCUUUAAGGCAAUUGUUCUGUUUUUUGAAAUUGCAUUUCUCUGCUUGGGUCCCGAGCAAAUAGUCCCUACAAUCUAAA